GAUGAUGAAAAAAAAAACACAUACUCUCACCAAUCUGAUAAUUCAGGUAAACACACUAAAUGACUAAAAAGUUAAGUCAUCAAAAGUGUACUUAUGUGUCAAGAUUAAAUUUUACUCAAUUUUAUUAAAUUCAUUAUUUUAAAGCUUAUUUAAAAUUUAUCUAAAAAAUCAUGGCAAUGACUGAAAUUGCUGAACAAUUUGCUCUAAGAUGGAACAAUUUUUCUCAUAAUUUGUCAUCUGGAUUUUUGUCUCAUCUUAAUAACAAGGACUUGGUUGAUGUCACUAUAGCCGUAGAUGGUCAACUUCUUCAAGCACACAAGCUGGUACUUUCUGUUUGUAGUCCAUACUUUCAAGAUAUAUUUAAGAUUAAUCCUUGUAAACAUCCAGUUGUGAUUUUAAAAGACAUUGGAUUUGCUGAAGUUGAAUCAUUAUUAAAGUUUAUGUAUCAGGGAGAAGUUAAUGUCAAACAAGAAGAGCUAGCUAGUUUUUUAAAAGUUGCAGAAGCUCUUAAAGUCAAAGGAUUGACUCUUGAUCAUAAUACUAUUAAUGAUACGUCAAACACUGGUAAUGAUGAUACUUCAAAGAGCUCAAAUGGUUUAUUAAAAGCAGAAAGUGAUUCUGAUCACAAUGAUCAUCCAAAGCCAAUUAAACCUGAAAGAAGUCAAAAAAAAAGAUCACAAAAUUCAACAGUACAUUCUAAUUCAAAGAGAAGUCGUAGUUCAUUAAAUGUUAAUACAAAAGAGUCAACUAGUCUUGUUACUUUAUCACCAAAGAUUGAAUCUCAAGAUGUUGAUAAUGACAAUACAAUAAAAACAUCAACCAAUGAUUCAAAUAAACAUGAUACCAGUUCAAAAGAUAUCACAAUUAAUUUGACCAACGAUGAUGAACUUGAUGACACUAAUGAUAUAUCAGAAAUAAGAGCAGCAUCAAGAAAUUCAAGUCCAGAACCAGUGACAUAUAGACUAUCAGCUCGUGGUCGACCUCAAUUGGUUCAUGAAGGCUACGUAUACAAUUUAACAUCACGUUCAGAAGUACUUAAUCGUUCACAUUACAGAUGUGCGGAACAACAUCGUGGCUGUCGUGGUAAAUGUGCUGUUAUUGCUGAAAGAUUUAUGCCAACUGGUGUACAUGAACACAAUCAUGAACCAGGCUAUCAAUCAGAGUAUGAUUAUAGAAAAAAGAAAGGUCCAGAUGUUGAAGAACAACUUUAAACAACAUCAGCUUCAAUAAGACCAUAAAUAGUUGAAAAAAAAAAAAUUUAAUAAUUUUUUAAUCAUUCCAGUUUUUAAUUAAAUUUUACGUUUAUCAAAUGAUAAUAUUUUUUUCUCUUGUGAUUGAAGCAUCUUUGAUAGAUCAAUUAAUAUAUUACAUUAUCAAAUGCAUACCAUUAAUUAUAGGCUUUUUUUUUUGUUUUUGUUUUGAAUAUAAUAAAAAUAAUUAUUAACAAAUAAAUUUAAAAAUAAUA